CCCCCCCCCAAACCCCCGCGCCCGCCGGGUCGCCGCCGUCAUGGAGGACGAUGACCACGACCACGACUGCGACCCCGACUCGGCCCCGCGCCCGUGCUGCUCCUCGCCGUCCGCGGCGGUCCGGUGGCGGCGCUCCGUGAAGCGGAAGCUGGGCGAGGAGAAGCAGGGCGGGGGCGGGGGCGGGGACGGGGACGGGGAGGAGGAGGGGGCGGGGGCGCGGGUGGAGGCGGAGGAGGAGACGGCCGCGCUGCGGGAGGCCCUGGCGGCGGCGCAGGCCACGGCCGCGGCGCUGCGGGGCGAGGUGGAGGAGGAGCGCCUCGCCGCGGCCAGCGCCGCCAGCGAGGCCAUGGCCAUGAUGCUGCGCCUGCAGCGGGAGAAGGCCGAGGUGCAGAUGGAGCUGCGCCAGUUCCGCCGCUUCGCCGACGAGAAGAUGGCGCUCGACGCCGCCGAGAUCGACCACCUCCGCGGCCUCGUCGCCCGCCGCGCGCGCCACCUCGCGCGCGUCCGCUCCAGGCUCCACGCCUACCAGCAGACCUGCCUCCGCCUCGGCAUCCCGCUCCCCGACGCCGACGACGAGGCCGAGGGGCGGGGCCGUGGCCGUGGGGACGGCGGCGACGGCUUCCUCGAGGGCGAGGGCGAGGGCGAGGACGGCGACUACUACCCCGAGCUCCGCUGCUACAACGGGGAGUACUACUACGACGACGGCCUGGAGGGGAGCGAGGAGGAUGCGGUGGGCGCGGAUCUGGAGCGCCGGAUCUGCCUCCUCGAGCACGGCCAGGAUGGGGAUAUACUAGGUCAACCGUCCCUGGAGGAAGAGGAAGACGAGGGCGCCCACCUGUAUGCAGAUGAGGCAUUGCUGCAGCCGGCUGGGCAGGAAACAAGCGGAUUUUCUGCUGACGAGGUGUUACAUGAGGAGACUGUCGAACACUGUGAUGAUGAUGAUGAGUUGCCAGAGUCUCCCAUUGCUGGAUAUGGCGUCGAAGAAGGGGGAAGUGACGACGAUGAUUCUGGCAGUGGCAGCGACAGGGUCUACAUGAUCGACAAGGUGCAUCAAGGUGCGGCAGCUCCUACCGCCAGGGUCCUGGACAAGUACGAAGAUGAAGCGCUCGAGCCGGACAUUAAGACGCUAUACAUGAGGCUGGAAGCGCUGGAGGCUGACCGGGAAUCGAUGCGCCAGGCUCUGCUGGGAAUGCGCACUGAGAAGGCUCAGCUUAUGCUUCUUCGGGAGAUUGCGCAACAGCUAGCCAAAGACGCCGCUCCAGUUGGCACUGGUGCUGGGUUUGUUCCUGUUGCGCACCAUUUGCCCAGAAAGCAAGCUGUAGGGGUCGCAGAUACAACGGUCAGGGAAGACAAGAAGACAGCACUCGCCGGGACAUUCUCCAAGCCCGUCUUGUUUAAGUGGGCCAUCGCAUUAUUUUGCUCUUGGAAAAAGAAGCCAUCACAAAGCAGGUAUACAUUUGGAUUAUCAAGUAACAAUGUGGGUUUGCUCAUACUCCUGGACAAGUGCCCUCGGAUUCAGAAGACUCUCAUGAGAAGAAAGUAAAGCCUAUCUGAAGAAUGUAAAUAACAUAGCCGUUGGUUGGGAAGUCUGCAUCAAAUCGCAUUUUCUUAUUCGGAGGUUGGGCGGAGAUGGUGUUGUUUUAAUUCUUUAGUUGUUGAUCUCUCUUUGGCCCCAGGGCGGGAUGGGGGAUCCUUGUGCCAUGAUCCAGAAAUUGUCAGUGUGGGUUUUGGGGGGUCGCUUUUGCUUAUAUUUCUCACCAGCAAAGGCUAUAUGCUUGUAUAGUGCGCGUGUAGACGUGCAGUGAUCGCUGGUUGUUUUACUUGCUUGAAGAUUGAUGACUGAUGAGUUGAUGUCAAGGAAAUUAGCUGCGCAUUCGUGCAAACUGUA